AUUGUUUUCUAAAAUUCCUCUCCGCUUGAGUUAAGAUCUGCGUUUCAGAAAAGCUUGUUAGCCUAGAAGUACAACAAAGCUCUUCAAAGUUCCAAGCCUGCAGAACUCAAUCCAGCAUGAAAGAGAAAAAAGAAAAAAUGAAUUCGAAGUUGAAGGAAGACGACCUUCGUUUUGGAUGGGGAAAGUUCAAACCCGAUUGUCUCCAGUGUUUCAAUGGCCCAAAAUGCUUCAUGGUAUUUCUUGUCAUAUUCUCCGUAAUGCAAGGUAUAGCUGUAAACGGUAUAACCAAGCUGAUUCUACCUUCCAUCGAAAAGCGGUUUCAAUUCACAGGAACUGAGUUGGGAAUCAUUUCUGCUGGGAACGACGUCUCGGCGUUGAUUAUUGUCUGUUUUGUGAGCUUCUACGGUGGUUUUGGCAACAAGAUCCGAUGGCUGGGCUACGGAUCGUUCAUCACGGCUAUUGGCUGUUUAAUUUUCGCUCUUCCCCAUGCUCUCAUCGGUGCAUACUACCCUUCAAGUAACAAAGAUGAAAAUAUCACCUUUACAAGACAAGAUCUUUGUAGUGUGAAGAAUAAGACGGCGAUGGACAACGUGUUGUGUGUGUCCAGCUACGACUCUGAUUGGUAUUACAUACUCAUCUUCGUAUGUGGUCAACUGUUCAUGGGCGCAGGAACCACACCGCUGUACUCUCUUGGGCCCGCGUAUAUCGAUGAGAACGUGAAGCCUAAAAACAUGCCUUUAUAUCUUGGGGUCUGGUUUGCAUCGUCUAUUAUGGGGCCCGGCCUCGGAUUUGUAUUAGGGGGACUGGUGCUUGGCGUGUUCGUUGAUCUAAAGCAGCCAGAGGGAAUGGAUCUGAACACCGAUGACCCACGUUGGAUAGGGGCGUGGUGGGUGGGGUACGUCUUUGGUGCGGUCUUUCUCGUUUUUAGCGGAAUUGGUUUACUGGCUUUCCCGAGGGAGUUACCAGGUUCCCGUGAGAUGAGAGAAAAAGCCAUGAAAGCGGGCGAUAUUCCGAAGGAUAACGAACAACUGAAAGGAAACCUCAAGGAUAUAAUCCCUGCUGCCAAAGAACUUGUAACCAACAAAACCUACAUCUUCAAUACUCUCGCCACAUCUUGUGGGUUUUUCUCGGCCGGAAUAUCCUCAUUCUUACCUAAAGUCCUUCAGGAUAAGUUUGGUCUUAAUCUUACUGAAACUGGCGUUUACUUGGGAGUCAUUCUUAUCCCAGGGAUGUUCUGUGGUGUAUUGAUCGGUAGUUUGGUCGUGCGUCGGUUCAAAGUCCGAGAUUCCUGCAAAAUGGCGGCCAAAUUCUGUGUGAUUUUCUCGUGUGUCGGGAUUUUUGGACCGUUAAGCUGGUUCGUUCCUGGCUGUGAUCCGGUGAAUCUCGCUGGCGUGACUCAACCAUAUCAUAACGGGAGUUUGAACGUCGAUUCAGGGGUCAGCAGUCUUUGUAACCUGGACUGCGCAUGCACCAAGGAGUACUUCAACCCAGUGUGUGGAUCUGAUGGAGUCACGUACAUGUCGCCUUGUCACGCGGGAUGUUUGGUGAAAGGACCUGGAAAUUACAGCAGUUGCAGUUGUGUUCCUCCGCUGAUCAACCAGACAGUUAGCGUCGCGGAGAAAGGGUACUGUGAUCGUGGUGAUGGUUGUUCGAAUUUUAUUUGGUUCUUGGCCAUUAUACUUAUUCUACUGUUGACUGUGUUCUUGAAGGCAAUCCCAUCGAAAACUGUUAUCCUCAGGUGCGUGCCUUACAACCAGCGUGCGUUUGCGUUGGGUCUACAGUUCGUGUUUUUCCGUGGCCUUGGUUCGAUUCCCAGCCCAAUCUUCUACGGCUUCUUAUUCGACAAGAAUUGUAUGCUGUGGGGGGAGAGCUGCGACGAGGUUGGCCGCUGUUUUGUGUAUGACAUCAACACUCUCUCGUACUAUUUAGCUGGAAUUGGUGUAGCGACAGGAUUGUUGGUCAUCACGUUCUUCUUCCUGUCAUUCUGGUUUUACAAACCCUCGAACGAGGGACCCGAAGAGCUGGCCAUGGGUGAGACCUUGAUUCAACUGAAAGACAAGAAACAAGAAGAUGACAACGACAACAUCGAGCUGGGUUCGCCUGUCAGUGAAUCACCUCCUCAGUCACCAGGCGCCACGGACUCUACGGAACUGCUCGGCAAAGAGUCUGAAAUUUAACUUUUAACGAGAAACCUAGGUCCAGUUAACACAUGAGAAUGAUUCAGCUUAUAUACGACAUACGUACCAACCAAUCACGUGGUCAGUCUUUUUUGUAUUAGACGUUACCACGUGAUAACCACACUGAGCAUCCACUCCAUUUUUGUUAAGAAGCGCGCGACUCAUUCUGUCUUGUAAGGGAUUACGAAUCACGUGGUCAGUUUUUAUAUUAGAUUUGAGCACGUGUUGACCACGUGAGCAUCUACUCCACUUUUGUUGAGAAGCGCGCGACUCAAUCUGCCUUAUAAGGUAUUACAAAUCACGUGGUCAGUUUUUAUAUUAGAUGUGAGCACGYGAUGACCAUGUGAGCAUCCACUCCAUUUUUGUUGAGAAGCGCGCGACUCAAUCUGCCUUAUAAGGUAUUACAAAUCACGUGGUCAGUUUUUAUAUUAGAUGUGAGCACGUGUUGACCACGUGAGCAUCUACUCCACUUUUGUUGAGAAGCGCGCAACUCAUUCUGUCCUGUGAGGGAUUGCCUUGUGAUUGUCCAGCCGCAUUUGAUCCACGCGAGCAUCUAAUGCUUUUUCGAAGAAAAUGGUGACUCAAUCUUCCUUAUGAGGGAGUGUCACGUAAUUGUAUGAUAAAGCACGUGGUCACUUCAUUCCAUAUUUGGAAAGGUCGCGUGACCUCUUUCUAUUAUGUUAGGGCGGAUACUGUGAUUAAUAUGACCAGCCGUCUUAGCAUGGGUAACGUGACUACGAAAAUCCAAUAUGGCGGAAGGGAUCACCUGACGUGAUUAUGUGAGCAAUAUGGAAUUUUAAUUCGAUUUCUUAUCUAUUUAAACUUUUAUACUUGGUAUAAACACACAUGCAUUGCUAUUAUCGCACGAAUCAAUUUUUUAAUUAAUAAUGAAAUUGGGGAAAAAAACACCAAAUUUGAAUUUGAAUUCAAUUUUUAAAUGGAUUUUAUAAUUUUUCUUUUUAUUAUUCUAUUGAUACUAAAAUGAAUCUCAAGUCGUAUAAUUUUGAAUGUUGACUGAUUUAUGUCCAGUCUCUCGUACGGCAAUAGAAGCCACAGGCAACCCAUGUUUUGUUUUUGACAUCUAUAGAACACAAACAAAAGCUAUCAUUUUAGAAAUAGUCAAUUGUACGUAUUCAAUGAGUCUCAAAAUUAAAAAUCUUACAUGAUUUUA